AUGUCGGCCAAAAUCACAACAUUACCAGGCCACGCGAUCCCACCUGCUCCUCGCCAUGCCAUCACCACACACCUCCCGUCGUGGGAGAUGUUGCUUCGUUUCGCAAAGGACAAAGAUCCAGAGGUCAUCAACAUGCUUGAGAGCAUGUAUCCUCGAAUGAUCCUGCAUAGGGAUGUGAAGGAGCUCAUGACCAAGAUCAUUGAAUACGCGGGCGUCCAGAACACGGGACAAACUUGUCGUCUGUUCCCGUCCAUCCAGGCAGCGCGGGAUUGUAAGGUGUUUGCGACUUCGGCGGCGCGAGGCGAAGGAGCGUUGCGGGAUGAUCAGCUCACCAUUCACGCCUUCACAUUCGAAUCCCAUGCCGAUGGGGCAAUCAAGAACAAGGUCAACGUAUAUGCUGUCUUCUUCCCGGUGGCGUCAACGAGCGUCGUGCACGGUUUCUGGACCCAUUCGGGGACGGGAAUCUCUUCGCGGAUGGCGGAGUAUUGUCUCCAGCAUAUCGAUACACUGGACGAAAGCGAGAGACAUCAAAAUCUGUCGAGCGAAGCAGUUGGUAAGUUAACGAUGGCAGAAAGUCUCGCCCAUCAUCAGAUCAAAGAUCGGAUUACAACGUUGUUAAAACGUGCUCCAAUUGAACCGUCCCGUACUACAAGACUGGCACCUCAUGACGUCUACCUAUACUCGACUGGCAUGUCUGCGAUAUACUGGGUGCACAAGUGCUUACUGAGCAAAUACGGUUCAAAAACAGUCCUUUUCGGGUUCUCGUUCAGCUCAACCAUUCACGUCCUCGGUGCGUUCGGCCCCGGAGUAGAAUUCUUCGGACAAGGAGAUGACGACGAUCUUAAGCUGCUCGAGGAAUACCUCUCGUCACAGAAGGCGAAAGACCAGAAAGUACAGGCGAUUUGGACAGAAGUACCCUCAAAUCCAUUGCUCAACACGCCGGAUCUGAAGCGGUUGCGGGAGCUCGCAGAUCGCUAUGGGGCGCUGCUGAUUGUCGACGACACGAUCGGGAGCUUCUGCAACAUCGACGCCUUUGGGGUUGCUGACAUUCUCGUCACUUCAUUGACGAAAUCGUUCAGUGGAUACGCAGACGUUUUGGCCUCGAGUGCGGUGCUGAACCCUUCUGCAUCGCGGUACGUCGAGUUGAAAGCGCUGUUCGACGAAACAUACCUCAAUUUCUUCUUUGUUGGCGACGCGGAGACUCUUGAGAGGAAUAGUAGAAACUACCUUGAGCGGUCGGCUGUGUUGAACAAAAAUGCAGAAAAAAUCGUCGAGUAUCUUGUCAAAGAGGUCGAUGACCCACACAGUCCGGUCAAGCGCGUGUACUAUCCCACUACCAGCAAAUCAGUGGAGAUAUAUCAAUCUAUGAUGAGGCCGGAGACGAGAGACUUCAAGCCUGGGUAUGGGUGUUUGUUCAGUGUUGAAUUCGAAAGUCUAGAUGCGGCUGUUGCGUUUUACAAUAACCUCAAUGUCCACCUGGGACCGCAUCUCGGCGCACAUCUGACACUUGCGAUCGGUUACUGUAUGGGCGUCUAUCCGAAUGAGCAGGAGUGGGUGGCCCAGUAUGGACUACUGCCAACACAAAUUCGGGUUUCUGCUGGGCUAGAAGAGACGGAGACACUGUUGGAGGAUUUCAGAGUUGCUGUUGAAGCUGCGAAGGCGGCUGCGGACACUCGCACUCUUAACUGA